AUGCCUCCGACCAACUACUUCACACCUGGCGUACCGCGUGCUCGAGAAGAUCAGGUCGCCCACGGCACUGACGGCGCUGGCAGCACUGAUCCACAUUAUGGGCCAUAUGCAUUGAGCUUCCAAACGAACGCCAGCGCAGGAUGCAGUGACAUGUACCAACCGAUACCAAGUGCGAGUACGCUGGCAGCACAUGUUUACCCAAUCGCUCAGUCGGAAUCUGGGGUUAAAGAGCAGUCGCGACCAAAUGCUCUGUUGUCUUCGGCAACAGCUACCCCUAUCCUUGUUCAACAACCUACGCCGAUCAAUGAUACACGGGUCGUAUUUCCAAUGGCAAAACAUGCAGGUAGUCCCGUUGCAAGCGGAUUUGACGGCAGCGAGACUUUGCAUCUUCGCUCAAAAUCGUCGGCGAGCAUCGCUGCCGGAUUUAGGCCUGAGACACCCACGAAAGUCAUUUCAGACCAGAAUCAGGAAACCGUUCACGCAGGACAAAAGCGUCCAAUAUCUGACGUAGACGCAGAGACAUCCAGAAUCAAGAAGGCUCGUAACGACAGCAUCGAGAAAGCUAUGCAACACUACAAAGAUAACAAGCCCGCAAUCGAUUACUGGUGGAUGUCGCAACAAAAGUCCCCUAGAGCUCCUUGGUUCGAGAGAUUUACGUCUUGGAAAGCCAACGGAAGUCUUGUACCUGAACCCAGAGAUGCCAACAAUCAAGUCAAUCAAUUUGAGGCCGCCGAUUAA